GAGUGCGAGAGUGCGAGAGAGACAGCAGUUGCACUCCCCCUCCCUCCUGCAGCAGAUCAAUGAGAGGGAAGCGGAGAGAGAGCAGCUCACACAGAAUGCUCUGCAGCCUGCAGCGCUACUAACAGCCCCCAUUGUCUCCCCAGCAUCACACCUGGUGCCGGAUUCCAGGGAAGGGCACCCACCCAAGGGCACCUUUCUACCCCCCACCCACCUCCUCCAUUUAAUACACGGGCAUCUACUUCCUGGGCAGGUCGGAUGUGUUCCCAAACCCCCUCUCCAACCGAGGAUGGGCACAGCCGUCUCCAAGAGGAAAGCGCUGAGAAAUGACCCCAUCUCCAAUGUAGCGGCCAAAGUUCGAGCGGCUCGGGCUUUCGGGGAGUAUCUCUCGCAGAACCACCCAGACAGCAGGAACGGAUCAGAUCACCUCCUUGUCCAAGAGGAUUCCCCGGAGAUGCUCCCGGCCUCCCAACACAAGCGGCGCCUCUCCUCCCUCUCCGACAGCAAACUGGAUCGGAGUUUCUCUGAAGAACGUGGGGAGAAGUUGCCCGGCGAGGGGUCCAAGCCUUUGGUCUACACCAUCUCCGGGGAGAGGCCAAUGCUCUCCGACCACGAGAGUGACAGCAUGGAGCUGGUGGUGAUGAAGGACGGACGCGAGGAGCGGCACCACCAUUCCCACCAUCAUCAUCAUCACCAUCAUCCCUUGCAGAGCUCGGGCAGUGCCCAUAACAUCACCCGGCCGUGUAAGAGCUGGUCAGGCAGCAGGCAGAACUCUAAGGAAUGCCCCACUUGUACCCGGCUCACCGUGCCCACCCAACACUCCUUUGAUCUGGAGCAGCACCAGGCCAGCGAGUCCGGUUGGCGCAGGAAGAAACUCGAGCGAAUGUACAGCAUUGACCGAGUGUCCGAUGAUGUCCCCGUCAAGACUUGGUUUCCCAAGGAGAACCUCUUCACCUUUCAGACGGCCACCACAACUAUGCAAGCUAUCUCACAUUUCCGCAAACAUCUACGAAUGGUCGGCAGCCGGAGGGUGAAGGCGCAAACCUUUGCUGACCGCAGGGAGAGGAGCUUCAGCCGGUCCUGGAGUGACCCCACCCCGGUCAAGAUUGACUCCAUCCACGACUCUCGAGAAAGCCAUGAGUUGCAGGAUUCCUGCACUGCUCUCAACGAGGAAUGCGACUUCAACUGGGAGGCAGAGAAGGAGAUGGAAAUCCAGUCGUGCGAGGGGGACGAUUUUAUCCCCCCAAAGAUAAUGCUGAUUUCAUCCAAAGUCCCCAAAGCCGAGUACAUUCCCACCAUCAUCCGGAGAGACGACUCCUCCAUCAUCCCUAUUCUCUAUGAUCACGAACACGCCACCUUCGAAGACAUUCUGGAGGAAAUCGAGAAGAAACUCAAUAUAUAUCGCAAAGGCUGCAAGAUCUGGGAGAUGCUGAUAUUUUGCCAGGGUGGCCCAGGGUAUCUGUACCUACUGAAGAACAAAGUUGCUACAUUUGCCAAAGUGGAGAAAGAAGAAGAUCUCAUCCUGUUCUGGAAGCGUCUGGGUCGGUUGAUGAGUAAAGUGAAUCCAGAAGCCAACGUCAUUAACAUCAUGGGCUGCUACGUGCUUGGGAACCCCAACGGGGAAAAGCUCUUCCAGAACCUGAAGAACCUUAUGAGCCCCCAUCGGAUGGAAUUUAAGUCUCCACUUGAGCUUUCGGCACAAGGAAAGCAACUGAUCGAGAGAUACUUUGAUUUCCGGAUGUACCGUCUAUGGAAGACCCGUCAGCACUCCAAGUUGUUGGACUAUGAUGAUAUUUUAUGAGCCGAAGAAGACGACCCUUCAAAAAAAAAGGGGGCAAAGUAUCUGGAUUAGGCCACCUCUUGGGGGUAACUCUUUUGCUGUUUACCGGUGGCGAGAUGAGCCCAUUUGGAUCUUCAGGAACGAAGAACCAACGUAUCGGCUCAGGAGCGAUGGAGGCGAAUGAAGAAGACGUUCUCUAUGGUUGGCCAGUUGGGUCAAGUCGCUUGAAGGCUUGCCGAGCCAGAAGACAAGCGUCGAGGGUCAGGAAUGAGAAGCCUUCACACCACUGAGCUUCACCAAUUCAGGGCAAAUAUGUAAAAAAAAAUAAAAAAAGGAUCUAUAUUUCGGGGUCCAAGACUUUCAAGCUCAGGUUUUCUUAGGACAAUAACACUGCAACGUCUUGCACUACCACGUGAGGAGCCUUCAAAGAACAUCACUCAACUCUUUUUACAUUUGUAGCAAAACCAGGGGGAUCCUUUGAUCUCCACUUGGAUGAAGUUGAUGAUGAUGAUGAUGAUGAUGAUGAAGAAUUAUCAGCCAUGGCGCCAUUUUUGUUCUUCUCAGCCAUUGAUGAGUGAAAGCCAAUCACUGCAGUGCAAUCUUACUGGGUGGAAGUAUUAUCUAUAUAUAUAUAUAGCGAUAUUAACAGUAUCUACACGUAUAUAUCUAUAUCUUACCGAGGGGGUAGCUUUCUUGUGAGGUCCACUUAGGGCAUAAGUGCAAUUUUUUGUUCUUUUCAAGGUACAAAUAGCGCUAAUAAAUUGUUAGACUCUUAGUGGGGGGGUCCGCGUGGGACGCAGUCGUUGGACAUCUUCACCAGCAACCCCAACCUGGACUCAUUGAUGGUGGUACCUGUACAUACGUCCAACGUCCCAUGGUCCUCUGCUUGGUCAAGUAGUAGCCUAGAACUUCUCAUCGCAAUAUCAUAGAUGCUGCUUCGUAGUCAUCGAUAGGACGUCUAUAUGUAAUCAGUAACCGAUAUCUAAUAUAUAUUUAUUUCUAUAUACACGGAGACCGGCCUCCAUAAAGGCGUGCCAUAUGUUAUUUUACCUUAGACCAGAGCUCAGGUUUGAUAGGUCGUUAUAAUUAUCGAUAAAUUAGACGUUUCCACCCUCCGACCGGUGCUGUCUCCCUUCUAAUUAAGGUUUUAUUUUUUGCUAAGGCAGCCAGGUCAAACUCCUCCCCCUUCUUUCAUAUUGUGUGUGGAUUCGCCGGUGAUGUAGAAGACGCCGUUGCCCGAUAUCGGAGCGGUCGGGCUUUGUAGGGCUCCAUCAUCUCAUUGUCGGGUUUAUUUCAUGGUCAAAGAGGUUUGGCCGAGUCAACAGGACCGAGGGCCACGGUCGUAGUUUGUUUCAGUCCAGUUCUUAUGACUUGGGCUAAUUUAUCUAGAACUUCUCCUUUAGCUUUAGGUUCCUCCAGAAGCCUCCGUUGAGGGUCUCCAAGGUGGAUUGAGGGUCAUCCGCACAAAAUGGGUCACGUGACUUCAUUAACAUGGAACUGGUGCCUUGAUAAAUACCACUCGUAUCAUUGUUCAUGGUUCCCAUCUUCGACCCAACGGGGUCCAUAAGAAAAGCCAAUGGGGGGCGUCGUACUUAACCUCAACCCCCCAAUCACCAGCCGUUGUGUCAACAGAUUAGCUUUAAACACAUAUUUAUGGCAUUUUGUCUCCAGAAAACAAGGGGCAGAUUCAUCAAAUUCAA